CAACAUCAACCAUUGACGAAGCCUACUGCCGAGAGAAGAUGGACCACAACAGUAGCAGCGGCAGCAGCAAGAUGAAGGAGUACCUCUGUCCGCAUUGCGGAGGCAACUUCCGCUCGGGACCCGGCCUCUGCUCGCACGAGAAAGCGCGGCUCGCUAAGGAUGGUGUCUGCGGUGAUUCUCGACGCGGCGACUGGACCAGCUCUCAGCCAGAGUCCACAGAGUGCCCAUACUGCGAGUUCGCCUGCAACUCGCGCGCCGGACUGGCAUCUCACGAGCGAGCCCGCCGCAACAACGGCGGCUACUGCAAGGAGAGUCGUCUACGGUCUAGUGGCAGUCAGAUCUGGCUCAGCGCUCCACGCGAUCCUACUCGGCACGACACGCCGAUCGCCCAGAUGCCGACGACGGUAGAGACGCCCCGUACCACGAAGUUGCGCUCAAACCCUCCUUCGACGCUGGAAAAGAACACGAGCCCUUUGGACAUUACAGACGUGCCACCGGGUCAAGAGGGAAUGUGGAAGGUCAAUCCCGCCACGGGCAAGAGGAUCCUGUCUUCCAUCUCGGGACUACCGAUGCUCGAUCCCAAGUCUCGCGACUACGUAGCCAACGAGGCUCGGAAGUAUACGCCUUGGAUGCUAAAUAGCAACGGGAAACUUUUAUAG